CUCGUUUUCGCUGGCAACGCGGACCGGUAAAUUUGCUACUUCUUAUACACCGUACACCGUAAAUCCUGUUAGAAAUUGGGUUCCUUGUAUACUUUGGGAGCAUGCUUCGAUCGGGAGUCCUGUGUCGGUUCUAAUGGCUGACUCGAACGAUCAAGACGGUAUAACGGCUAACAAUGGCCAAGCUUCUCAGCCACCAAGUCAGACUCAUGAUGUUAGCCACCGAGUAAUUGAUGACGAAUCCCAUGAUACGGAUCGUCUAGAGCCUACGUAUCCUCUAUUGCAGAAUAAUGCUAGUAGCGAAACUUUACUACAAAACGUGCAAGCACAGAAGCGGACGGUCGAGGACGACAACGACGAGGAACCAGUCGCUAGACCUUUUGUCCGAACAAGCAGCCCCAACAUAUCGUCUAGGGUCGCCACCCCGCCUGAAGAAGAACGAGCUCCCAUUCGAUCAGCCUACAAGAUGCAUAAGUUCACCUUGUACGAAACGGCGAGUCGGUACUACAUUGUUGGAGGAGAUGUUACCGAGAAACGUUAUCGCAUCUUGAAAAUAGAUCGUAACACUCACGAGUCGGAUACCCACGAGUCUGACCUGACUAUAACAGAUGAUAAAAUUAUUUAUAGUCAGAAAGAGAUGAACUCGCUGUUAAACACUAUUGACGACGGAAACAAAAGUACGGGUGGUAUCAAGCAGAGAUGUACGACGUGGGGGAUUUUAGGCUUCAUCAAAUUCACAGGGCCGUACUACAUGCUGCUGAUCACCAAGAAAAGUACGGUCGCAAUGAUUGGCGGCCAUUAUGUUUACCAGAUCGACGGAACUGAACUCAUUCCUUUAACUCCAGCAAAGUACAAGACGGAUGCUCGCCAUGUCGAGGAGCAGCGCUUCCUGAAUAUUCUUAAGAAUCUAGAUCUCACGAGAUCUUUCUACUAUAGCUACUCUUACGACAUCACCAGGACUUUGCAACACAACAUCACCCGAGAAAGAACUGCUUUACUGCAUGGAAUGCCAGGUACGACAUAUGAUGAUUAUAAUUCUAUGUUCAUCUGGAAUAGCCAUCUUCUGCGACCCGCCGAAGAUGCUAUUCAUGACCCUUUUGAUUGGUGUCGUCCGAUAAUACAUGGAUAUAUUGAUCAGUCCGCCAUAUCCAUAUACGGCAAGACAGCACAUAUCACCAUAAUUGCGCGGCGGUCAAGAUAUUUCGCUGGCGCCAGAUUCUUGAAGCGUGGGGCAAAUGAUCUAGGCUAUGUAGCGAACGAUGUUGAAACUGAGCAGAUCGUUUCCGAAGCAUUGACAACAUCGUUCCAUUCCCCUGGUCCCAAGCUCUUUGCGAAUCCACAGUUUACUUCCUAUGUCCAGCAUAGAGGAAGCAUUCCUCUUCAUUGGACGCAGGAUAAUAUGGGCGUUACUCCCAAGCCGCCGAUCGAGUUGAAUCUCAUCGAUCCUUUCUACACGGCAGCUGCACUGCAUUUUGAUAACUUGUUUGAACGUUAUGGCUCUCCCGUGUAUGCGCUCAAUCUUAUCAAAGCUAGAGAAAGGACCCCGCGGGAAUCUAAAUUGCUUGAUGAAUAUACAAAUGCCAUCAACUAUCUGAACCAAUUUCUGCCAGAAGGACACAAGAUCAUACACAAAGCUUGGGAUAUGAGUAGGGCCGCGAAAAGCAAAGAUCAAGAUGUCAUUGGUACACUUGAGAACAUUGCUGAGACUGUCGUCACUACGACUGGCAUCUUCCACAAUGGCGACGGCGUUAUCACUCCAACAAGUGUCCAGAAUGGCGUCGCGAGAACAAAUUGUAUCGACUGCUUGGACCGUACGAAUGCAGCUCAAUUCGUCAUUGGAAAGCGAGCGCUUGGACACCAGCUUCACGCCCUCGGCAUUCUUGAAAAUACAACCAUCGAUUACGACACGGACGCGGUUAAUCUCUUCACUCACAUGUACCACGAUCAUGGUGAUACGAUCGCGGUUCAGUAUGGAGGUUCUCAGUUGGUGAAUACGAUGGAGACGUACCGCAAAAUAAACCAGUGGACGAGCCAUUCCCGGGACAUGAUCGAGAGUUUCAAGCGGUAUUAUAAUAACUCGUUCCUAGAUAGUCAAAGACAGGAGGCCUAUAACCUCUUCCUCGGGAAUUAUAUCUUUGCUCAAGGGCAACCUAUGCUGUGGGAUCUCUCAACGGAUUACUAUCUCCACCAUGCUAAUCCGCGGACAUGGUCGCAAAAGGAGAAGCAUGACUAUAUCCAUUGGUACACGCCAGCAUAUCUUGAGAAGCGGACUAUACCCGCUUUUGUACCACCAAAAAAAGAGAUGGCGACGAAACCUGUCUCAUUCUUCGACGACUACUGGCUGGAGUAUUAUCGCCCGUCAACAUUGUCUUCAUUUCCCAAGAUGUUUCCGUACAAGAUGAACUCCACUAUCAAGUAUAUACCCUUCAAGUCGACCCAGGAAGGCAAAUACGACCUAAGCCCCUUCCGCGUCCGCACUGAUGGCGACGCGGAAACCCAUGAGAAGAAAAAGUCAACGGCAAAGAAGGAGGUGAUUAUCGUUGAUCCUCAAGAUUCUCGGAAAUCUUCGCUGGAUGACGACUCCGAGUCUGUCAUGACGGAAAAGGCGAGUUCCCGGGGUAUAUCGAUUCAACGCUGGCUCCAGCCUAUGCAGCCGGACCGCGGCCCUACGAUUCCUCAUAGCAUCAUGAAAGACUCCGCAGAGAAUCGCGACAGUCAUAGGCUAAAGCAGACCGCUCAAGAGAAAACAAAGAGUGCACAGGGGACUUUCACGAAUAUCGUUCAGGAAUCGCUCAACCCGUCCGUGAGUGCGCAAGAAGCGGAUGAUUACGCACGAUAUAUCAGCCACCCACAGAGUCUGCCCCUGGUCAUCUCCAAUGAGGCGCCACCGGAUGUCGAUUCUUCCGAAUACCAAGAAUACCUCAACGGUAGCUGGCAUACGGAUGGUCUAGUCUCCACCGGUACUGAAGACGACAUCGACGCGUAUAAUGACUUGCUGCGGAUUGGCGAAAACCCGCUGACCGUGACGGAUGAGGAUUUGACGAAGAAACGGUACAAGGCAUAUGGGAAAUGGCUUAGAGGUAAAUCCCUCUUCAAGCAGCAGCCGGUCGAUUAGUAUUCGGCCGCGUGGAGGUCGGUGAGCAAUAAUUUGUCCGAGUUUUCGGUGUCUUCCUGAGUCGUCCUUUUUACGUUGAGUUUAUCUCUCCGAAGAGCUUACUUAAUCGAGGUUCCUUUUCAAUCAGUGGAUCGACGCGUCGUCUGAAAUCAAUCUGGGCUGCUUUCAUUAUUGCAGAUAGCAUCCUAGCGGUUUGGGUUA